AUGUCCGAUACCAUACUGCACCAUGCGUCUCCGUCUCCCAGCCGUCGGUACUCCUACUACGUAAAUUCCUUGAGAAUAACAUCCCCGUUAUCGCUCUCGCUCAAUUGUACUACCCUCACCGAACAUCGACAACUGGGUCGAUACGUUAGAUAUCUCGAGUUCAGUUCAUGUACAGAUAAGGGCUCAGGGCGGAGGUUCGAGGACCUUGAAGCCUACCUGAAGCGGGAGACAUUCGAUAGGUUUAACGGGUUCGGCUCAUUUAUUGGGCACAUUUUUGAGCCGCUUACUUGUAAACAACAUAUAUCCCGUCCUUUCCCUGCUUUUGUCAAAACCCUAUCUCUCGCUUUGAAAAUGCCCCGACAACUCCACCUCAAAACCUGCAACCCUCCCGUUGAAUGUUAUGGCCCCGGGCUCUCAAUGCACCUCGACACGCUAGUGCAGCCGACACACAACCCGAAACAUGGGCGGCAGCCGGUUGCCCCGAAGCAUGUAUACUUGGCACGUACUAACGAUCGACGCCGGGAAGAUAUCACUACAUGGUAUGAUUUUCAAGCCAAGAGCAUUCCCGAGGACAAGGACCGACGGUAA